AUGGUGGAGGAAACUAUUAUGGUGUUCAUGGAUGACUUCUUUGUGGUAGGACACUACUUUGAUCAUUGUUUGGACAAUCUAGCCGAGGUACUCAAAAGAUGCAAAGAUUGCAAUUUGGUACUAAAUUGGGAGAAGUUCCACUUCAUGGUGAAAGAAGGUAUCAUAUUGGGUCAUCGGAUCUCACGAAAGGGUACUGAGGUUGAUAGGGACAAAGUUGAGGUUAUUGAAAGGCUUCCAACACCCAUCUCCAUAAUGUUAGAAGUUUUCUUGGGCCAACGGGUUCUUAUCGAAGAGUUGAAAAAGAAGUUUGUCUCUGCCCCCAUCAUUAUCACUCCAGAUUGGGGGAACUUUAGUGCAGAUGCACCAUUGGGUGUUAAGGUAUUUUAUGGAAAAAAGGAUGAAAAACCACGACUCAUUAGAUGGGUGUUGUUGUUGCAAGAAUUUUAUUUUGUGGUGAAAAACCAUAAGGGGACAAAUAACCAAGUCAUUGAUCACUUGUCUAGAUUAGAUGCUGAAGCUUUACUUGAGCUUGGUGACAAGAGUGAGAUGAAUGAUAUGUUUCUAGAUGAAAAGGUAUUGGUUGCUUCCCAUGACCUCAUUCCUUGGUUUGUUGACUUCACUAAUUAUUUGGCAAGUGAUUUGGUACUUUCGUAUCCGUUGUCUCACCAUGAUGUGAAAAUGUUCUUUUUGUAUGAGUCAUACUUGUAUCAUAUUUGUGCUGAUGGGAUUAUUUGUCAUUGUGCUCCCGAGGUUGAGAUAUUGAGUGUUCUUGAGGCGUUUCACUCAUCGUCUGUUGCUGGACAUCGUAGCAGUGUUUAUACUGCACGCAAAAUUUUGCAGUGUGGAUACUAUUGGCCCACCAUAUACCAAGAUUCUCAUGAUUUUGCCAAAUCUCAUGACCGUUGCCAAAGAGAAGGUGGGAUUUCUAAGAGGCAAGAGCUUCCUAUGAACCUAAUCAUGGUGAUCGAGUUAUUUGAUAUAAGGGGCAAUGAUUUUAUGGGGCCAUUUGUUAGUUCAUUUGGGAGAAGUAUAUUCUUGUUGUGGUUGAUUAUGUAUCAAAGCGGAUGGAAGCAAUUGCGCUCCCCAAAAAUGAAGACUAGUGGGCAAGUCGAAGUGUUCAAAAGAGAGCAAAAACAAAUCUUCGCAAAACUGGUGAAUGCCAAUAGAACGGAUUUGUCAAGGAAGCCUAAUGAUUCUCUAUGGGCCUGUCGCACCGCAUACAAGACCCCCGUAGGUAUGUCACCAUACCAACUUGUUUAUGGGAAGUCUUGCCAUUUGCCGGUAGAGCAAAAGCAUAGAGCUAUGUGGGCGAUGAAGAAGCUUAACUUGGAUAGAGAUGACACAUCAACUCAAAUUGUGAAUGACUUUAAUUUGUUCGAUGAGUUUUGCCUUAAAGCCUAUGAAAGUGCAGCCUUGUAUAAAGAGAAGUUGAAUAAGUACCAUGACCAAAGGAUUGAAAAGCGAGAGUUUUAA